UUCACUCCGAGUCGUCGCUGUCAUAACAACGACUGAAGCUGACGUCCGCCAUUGAAGUUGAUCAGCAGCUUCGUUCAAUGAAUUGAAACCAAGCCACACUUAUUAUCAGCCAUGGCGGCAACCCUCCCGCCGAUCAACAAGAACAGAAAUGCUGUUCCUUCAUAUGGAAAGCCCAGGCCACCUCCAGGAGGCAGGCUUGAGCCCAUCAGUCCAGCAAAUGCCAAAGGAAGGCGAGAUCGUUUGGCUAUGGAGAAGAGCACAGCUCUUCGAAACCAAAUGCCAAUCCUCAAGAAGAAAGACAUAGCCAAAUUCAGAAAUUCUUAUAAGCACAACCUGUGUUUAGAUAUGUUGACUGAAGGUUUCCACCUAUUUUUCUGUGAGCUGGUCAACCUUAUCCGUCAGCAAAUGGAAAAGCGCGAAGCAGCAGGGCCAGAAUCAUUUUUGUGGACAAAACCUGUUUUACAAGAUCAGACUGAGAAACUGGAUAUGAUGAAAGUUCACCUCACAGAAGCAGAAGCGGCCAAUAGAAUUGGUGAUUUUGCUAAAGAGUACAAAGCUCGCUAUGACCUUGCUCAGUUCUUCAAGGCCAGUGAAGAUGAUCAGUGGCUUGUGGAUCAUUUUUUCACCACAUGUUUGAAUGUUGCUUCCAAAGUGGAGACUGACGGUGGGAAAAUGCAAGCUGAGGGGCACUGCAAUGUCGGCCUCUGUCAUCAAAAUAAUGGGCUGUAUGGAGAAGCAGCCAAACAUUUUGAAGCUUAUCACAAGUUGGCAUCAGAAAACAAAGAAGACUGGAUCACGUCGUCCGGGGUGAGCUACUACACAGACUCCUGCAUCAAACUCUAUCACAUCUACACGAUCAUCGGCACAGAGCUGGGCCGGACUGGGGAGGAGGAAGAUGCAGAAGCUUCCCUGGAGACCCUCACCAAAGCUCUAGAAAUGGCCAAGUGCAGCCUAGACAAGAAGCUGGAAGGGGAGUCAUCCUACACGCUGGGCAUGGCCUAUCAAAAGCACAACCAGCUGGACACUGCGCUGACUCAUUUGUUCAACUUCUAUGAGUCUUGUCAAGGCGACAGCAAUAGUGAAGGCAUUGGACGGGCCUGUGAUGCUAUUGCUAAAAUUUAUGCCAGACAAGGUAACAAAGAGAAAAGUGUGGAAUUUCUGAAACGCUUUGUGGAGUUGACGGAGAAGACUGGUCUGGAGAAAGAAUACUGCUUGGCCUGCCACAACCUGGGCAAUGUCUGCAACUCUGUGGGCACAUAUGAUGAAGCCACUGAGUACUUCAGCAAAGCCUACAACAUCUCAAGAGCCUUGGGAGACCCUGACUCAACGAACGUGAACCGCGUGCAGUACGGUAUUGCCAUGGCUCAUCGCAUGAUGGGCAAGUUUGCCAACCACGUGGUAGUCGGGGACAAGACUUGUAUGUCGCGCCUGGUGGAGUGGAAGAGUGUCAGGACAGACGAGUUCAACAAGCCCAUACCGGAUACAGUGCCUGGAGCAGCUCAGCAUGUUAUGAUACCACCACCACCUCCAGCAGAGGAGAAGGAGGAAAGCAAAGAGGAGGCUGUGGAGGAUUCAGAAGACCCUGGAGUGAGGGAAGAAGGAGAUGGACAGACGGAGGGUGCAGCAGAAUCAUAAUGAAGGAAAAAAACAACAAAAUCCGAACAGAAAGAUUCCUUAGAAGUUUGACCAAAUCCAAUGAAUCUGUACUCUGAAACCAUAUAUUUUUCUCUCUAAACCUGCAAGUGUUGCUAACAAAUCAUCUGUGAUAUCAGGGGAAAUUUUAUGAUUUCACGAUAUCAUGCAGGAAAAUGCUUGAUAAAAGACAAAACAAGCAAGUAAAGGCCACAAACUUAACCAUUUUCAGAAUGUUAUUAGGAAGUAGAGCUUAUCUGUGAUGGGGUUGAAAUGUUUAAUUAUAUUAAAAAAAUAGGAUAAACAAACCAAAACAGCAACUCAAAUUAUGACAGAUUAAAUCGGCUGACAGCACAGAACCCAUCUUACGGCCAAUUUAAUUGGCUGCUGACACUUGGAGGGUUAAAUUACAGACAUUUACUCUGUGCUCUAACAGUGCACUGUCCUUCACACUGAGAUUGCAUGUUUUGGAACAGGAAAAUCUGUUUUACAUGAAAAACUGAAAGUUGCAUUGAAACGUCACAUUAUGACCGGCCAGUUGAAUGAUGUCUUGUCAUUUUGCACUGAUCAUUAUCAUGAUCCGCUGCUUCAGCACAGGGAACUACUGUACAUUGAAUUUAAGUAAUAUUGUUUCACUAGUUUUCUCAGAUCUUACAACUUUUCAAGUUAGCUGUAGAGUAAAUUGCUGCUGUUCUCAUACCACAGUGUGUACAUCCACGAAAUUUAUUCCUCCUGCUGUCUGUGAUAAUAAUACAAAUCAGAUGUUGAUAAUACAAUUUUUGUUUGUAUUUUACUGAUAAAAGAUAAUUAACACUGUAAAUAUGCAUGUACGGUCCAUCACUUGAAGGGAGGGGAAGGGUGUAAUGAAAUCUACUGUUGAAUUUGUUCAAAGCUUCUUAAGAUCAUAAUAUUUGAUAGAGGCUCCUACGAAGGAAUUAUGUAUAUAUAAUUUGAAGUUUGCGUUUUGAAGCAGUAUUACAUUGUAUUAGUGUUUCUAUUAUAAAGCAUAUUUUCAUGAACAAAAAGCUCAUCAAAUUAUCUUGUUAUGUCAAUCAAUCCAUUGAUGUAGGGGGAAGCUCAGUGGGUGGGGAUCAACUGCAAGUCUUUUUUGAAAGCACCUUUAGAAUCAAUGUUUCCACUGGUGUGAAGGAAUGAGCAAAAUACUUUUGUCAGAUAUAUGGGAUUUCUGCUCAAAGGCAUCAGUUUUUUUUAGGAAGGCGCAAACAAAGAAUCUUGCUUGAAUUACCCAUGCACCCAGAUGAAAUUGUUCAAGAGACUGAGUUACAAUUUCUGUGCAUGCAGUGAAUGGAAAUAAAGAAAUGCUCCCACAUGAG